ACUGUCCGGCAGCGAAAGAUGCCGAGUGGGAGCGAAGCUGUCCGGAACAUCCGGCUGCAGCUUCUCAACAUAAACAGCAAUGGCGGAGGCAGCAGCAGCGUCAACGGCGGCUUCAGCAGUAACAGGCGGUUGGACAAAACACGUAACCUGCAGAUAUUUCAUGCACGGUCUUUGCAAAGAAGGAGAGAACUGUCGAUAUUCCCAUGACCUGGCGAGCAGCAAGCCUGCUAGCAUGAUCUGCAAAUUCUUUCAGAAGGGAAACUGUGCGUUUGGGGACCGUUGCAGGUUUGAACACUCAAAACCAAUAAAGAACGAGGAGCUGCCGACCUCCCAGACGCUGCCGCUGCCGUCCGUCUCGCUGGCCAGCCCAUCAGACCCUGAACCCAGUGGAACAACACCUGGACCGGGGGUGCCUGACUGGGUCAAUGCUGCUGAAUUUGUUCCAGGACAGCCCUACUGUGGACGUGCUGAGCCAGUGAAGGUGGAGAGCUCAGUCCCUCUCAUUGAGGAGUUUGACAGUGAUGCUGCACUGGACAACGAAGAUUUGAGGAAGCAGCUCUGUCCGUAUGCUGCUGUUGGAGAGUGCCGGUACGGAAUCAACUGUGCCUAUCUUCAUGGUGAUGUAUGUGACAUGUGUGGCCUCCAAGUGCUCCACCCCACUGACAACACCCAGCGCUCAGACCAUACCAAGGCAUGCAUUGAAGCCCAUGAGAAAGACAUGGAGAUAUCAUUUGCCAUCCAACGCAGCAAGGACAUGAUGUGUGGUGUGUGUAUGGAGGUGGUGUUUGAGAAGGUCAACCCAAGCGAGCGUCGCUUUGGCAUCCUCUCCAACUGCAACCACUGCUACUGUCUAAAGUGCAUCCGCAAGUGGAGGAGUGCCAAGCAGUUUGAGAGCAAAAUCAUCAAGUCUUGUCCAGAGUGUCGAAUCACAUCCAAUUUUGUCAUCCCAAGCGAGUACUGGGUGGAAGAUAAGGACGACAAGCAGAAACUCAUCCAGAAAUACAAAGACGGCAUGGGGAGUAAACCAUGCCGAUACUUUGAUGAGGGUCGUGGGACGUGCCCUUUUGGCUCAAACUGCUUCUACAAGCAUGCCUUUCCUGAUGGACGGCUGGAGGAAGCUCAGCCUCAGCGAAGACAGACCGGAUCCAACAACAGGAACCGGAACUCGAGGAGAACGCCACUGUGGGACAUCCUGGAUGAGCGGGAAAGCACCGACUCCUUUGAUAACGAGGACGAGGAGAUGGUGACAUUUGAGCUGAGCGACAUGCUGCUCAUGCUGCUCGCUGCAGGAACCGAUGACGAGGUGACGGAUUCAGAGGACGAAUGGGACUUGUUUCACGAGGAGCUGGACGAUUUCUAUGAGAUUUACCUAUAGCAGCCCCACCCACUGAUGCCCUACACCCACCCCUUUGUCCUCACCUCCCUAUGUAUACUAGACACUAGAAUGGACUGUCUUGUGCGAGUGAUGGACAGUAGCUUUCCCUCCACCCCCUGUAUUGUGGCAGUGCCUUUAAGCAGGCCAUUAAUAAAUGAACUUAUAAAAUAUUUAAAAAAAUACCAACAAGUCGGUGUGCUUGUGCUAAACAUUUUCUAGACAUUUAUCCUCGUGAGUCUUUCUUGUGCGGUUCAUGUUUAAAGGAAAUGAUAAACUCGGUAUAAGAUUUAACAAAGAUUAUAACUUUCUUCAGAUAAUAAAAAUUGUGAAGUUUAUUUGUGGGUGAGGGUUUGACUCAUCAUCUACCCAGGUCUUUGUACAUAAUCCUGAGACUUUAAGGUUACACUCAAACUUACUCAGCACCAUUUACUGUAAUUGUGAUGGGCAUGUAAGAUUUUACAGAUAGUUUUUGAAGGUCAGAACUUCUUGUCUUGUUUAUUAAAGCUGAUGACAGCAUAUAUAUUGUGCUGAUGUUUAAUAAAUUGACCAUUUAAAAACCUA